UUUUACAACGACGGCAAAGAAUUAUGAGAAAAUCUUGUUGCUGCCAACGCCAGCGUCUAUGGACAUUAUUGAUUAUUCCACGCAGCGCAGAAGCAAAUAUCGACAAAAUGUAUCUCAGUAUUUAAAGCUUGGAACGCUACAAGACAAUCCAAUAACGUUUUAUCGUGUCUUAGAGGACUUUUAUAAUAAUUCUGUAUCGAAUCAAGAACGUUGCAUGCAGUCGGAGUAUUAUUGCUGAAAGAGGAGACAAAGAUUUGUUUAUUCCUACAGAAAAUGUACUGAAGAUAAACGCUGCUUGUGACAAUGUUACACGUAGUUGUUACUUCGGUGUGCGUCAUAUCCGGUUUCCACGGCGUUCUUGGGGUAAUAAGUGUUAUAGUCGGCAUUAUAUCAAGCAUAAAGGCAGAAGUAUGGCUAGCUCAUAGUGUAUCACCUAUCUGGAGUGGAAGUUUUUUUAUAAUAACUGGUAUACUUGGAAUAUUCUGUGCCAGACGUAAAACGUCGUAUGUGAUAAUGUGCUUCACAGCGUUCUCUGUUGUAUCAAUGGUCGUUUCCGUUGUCAGCAUACAGUUACUCCGCCUUGGUCUCGUUAACCAUACUACAGAUGGGCAUACCUUCCAAAAACAAAAUAAAGACACCCUUAUCAUUAUAGCUCUUGCUGUUGCCGGAAGUGAAAUUCUCGUCUGCCUUUUAUCAACGCUGCUGAGCUGUCGUAUGGCAAAGGUUGCCAAAGAAGAGCUUUGUAAAAGAAGAGAAGGAAUGUUUCAUGUGAAGAAUGACGCAGACGAAAACGACAAUGACGUCAUGUAUGCAACGUCGGAGUUUGAUCCCGAAAUAAGCAUUGGAAAAACAGAAAAUGGAGAUCAAAUAUUCGAUGAAAUUUGUAUUAGUGAAAGUUUAAAUAAUAAUUGUUCUCUUUCAAAGUUAGAAAAUGGGGAAACAGAAUCAGACACACUAUAUGAUCAAAGGGGAAACGUCGGAAGUUUGAUAUCUGAAGGUCGUCAAAUGCAGAUUUUUAGUAUUUUACAAAACUGUGAAAACGAGCACAGCAAUCCUCGACCGGAAACAUGAUUUUUACAAACGAUUGUUAACUGUAGAUAGGUGCUAGCUUUUUAAAAGCUUAAAUAUCAGUCGUCGAGGAAAAAGCCAAAACAUUAGAUUGAUGAUACUAAGUGUGAUAAUGUAAAGUGCUAUUUAGAUUAAGUCUUGUCAUGUCAUUAGAUAAUUAAAUUAUAUUGUGUACUAUAAAAUACAAACAUUGUUUAAAACAAUGAAUAGUAAUGUGACAUGAUGAGGGAAUCAUAAGUGAUAAGACACAUACUUGACCUUUGCAGUAUUAUUGAUACCGGCGAAUUUGGCAGAAACGCCAUGCAAGUGCGUUUCUGAUUUACGACUACAGGCAUAAUGCGUGUAUUCCAAAAUGAGAAAUAACGUUAACACAAAUACCAGAUAUAUAUCUGGUAACUGUACAUUGAUGAAAUGUUGACAAGAAGAACGUGUUAAUAUUUUGUAAUGACUUUUGCACUGGUCAAUUGACAAUGUUCGUAUAAUGAUGUUCAUGGAAGUGCCGCUGACAAAGCUGAAUGUGAUUACUGAAACGCCUCUGAAACAAACUUUAUCCGUCCAUAUUACAAGUUCUAAGAAC